AAAAAAAAAAAAAAAAAGGUUAUAUGAUAAGUCCGAUGCUUAUCUCAACUGACUCGCCUUCCUAUUUCUUCUUGUGACUCGUCCAUAUUUUCGGGAGGAUUUGCUUAUUUGCCUCCCAUUUCGUUUCCAUUCCUCUUUUUCUUUCUUUUACAUUUUGUUUGCAUUUUGUUUUUGGAAACUGGCAGCUCUUGAUGGCCAGCAGUUGACCAAGCAGAUCAAAUCUCUUGCACUGCUUUGUCGACGCGGCUGAUCUCACUCGACCUCUUUGGUCUCCUAUAUCCAUUCGUGUCUUCAACUCCAACUUUUUAUUUCCACAGAGACCUCACACAACCGCCACAAUGGCGCCUCCUCCGCCCGAGCCGAUAUCAUCGUCAUCCUCAGAUCUCACCCUCAUGGACCCCGAGCCCAUGCCCUCAGAAAACACUCCUCUCAUCACCGGCAAAUCCACAGACGAAGCCGAGGAUGGCGCCCACCACAAGCCAAGCAAGCCCUUGCCCAAGAUGCAGGUCUUCCUGCUCUGCUUUGCAAAGGUCAUGGAGCCAAUCGCCUUCUUCGCCAUCUUCCCCUUCAUCGCGGAGAUGGUCGCUAAAAACGGCAACCUCCCCAAGUCAGAUGUGGGCUUCUACAGCGGCCUGAUUGAGUCGCUCUUCUCGGCCACCCAGAUGGUUGUGCUCUACUUUUGGGGUCAUCUAGCAGACACCAUUGGCAGGAAACCCGUCCUAUUGUGGACAUUGGCUGGAAUGACGGUGGCUACCUUCUUUUUUACUGUUUCGACGACGAUCUGGCAGAUGAUCCUGUUCCGAUGCAUCGCCGGUGUCUUUAGCGGUUCAGGCUUGGUGAUUCGAACGAUGCUUUCAGACCACACGACCUCAGAGACGCAGGCCGUGGCGUUUAGCUGGUUUGCGUUUGCCAACAACAUGGGCAUCUUCCUGGGACCGAUCAUUGGCGGUGUGCUGGCAGACCCGGUAGAGCAGUUCCCGAGCGUCUUUAAGGGAAUUCAGCUUCUUGAAGACUAUCCUUAUCUCCUAGCCGGCGUGGCACUUACCGUGAUCAACAUCGUCAGCAUCGUUCUAUGUAUAUUCUAUCUCGAAGAAACUCUGGAGCCUGAACCUACUGAAACUACCUCGUCGACUGCAGGCCCAGUAAUUCGACCACAUCGAUUAUCCACCAGGGAGCUCCUCAAGGCCCCUGGCGUCGCCGUCGUCAUCUGGGUCUACACCCACGUCAUGUUCCUCGCCUUUGCCUUCACCGCCAUCCUCCCCGUGCUGCUCUACACGCCCGUCAAGCUCGGCGGCGUCGGAUUCUCCGCCUUCCACAUCUCCCUCUGGAUGGCCACCCAGGGCGCCGCCCAGGCCGCCUGGCUCGUCAUCGCGUUCCCCUUCCUGCAGCGCCGCAUCGGCACAAAGGGCUCCAUGGCCGCCUGCGUGGUGGCAUACCCCUUCUUCUUCGCCGGCUACGUCGUCAUGAACUUCCUCCUCAGGGCGGACACCGAGUCCGCCAUGGCAGCAUUCUGGGUCGUCGCCCCCAUCGUCGCUGUCGUCGGACCCGGCGUGUCCAUGGCCUUUACGGCAGUCCAGCUCGCCCUCAACGACGUAUCGCCCAAUCCUCACGUCAUGGGCACCCUCAACGCCCUGGCCAUGACCGCCGCUAGUGCCGUCCGAUCCUUUGUACCAGGAGUGUCGACGGUGCUAUUCGCCAUUGGCGUGCACAACCAGAUCCUCUGGGGACAUCUUGUGUGGGCCAUACUUAUUCCUAUUGCCAUGUCGCUCAUGAUCUUUGUUAAAUGGCUUCCAGAGGACAAGCAGUCACACAAGCUUGCCCGGGAGCGGGAGGAAGACGAAGACUAAAUAAAAACGAUGGAAAACAUGUUUUUCUUAUAUAUUAAAAAUGGCUUGAGAGUAAAAGUGGAGGGAAGAACAUAUACGCUGAUGGAGCAUCAGUGCUCUAAAAGACGCACAUUGCAUUUGCAUAGAAAGAUUCAAGAGUCUUUCUCCUUUUUUUUCGUCCAUUUCAUUACACUUGUAUAUAGAAACCGAAUUUUGAAAUCAAUGAAUGAGACUAAAAGCACCUGCUCAC